AUGCAGGUGGACCAUGAUGGUCGAUUCGAUAACGCCGAUAAUUUGCGAGGUGGCAAGUCGCCUCGAAUUGAAGGCACGCCACGCCGGAGCCCCCAGGCGCACGCCGCCAAGUAUGCCAAGAACCACCCUGAGGGUGCAGACGUUUCGCUGCUUGAACUUCCCCCCAACGCGAUCGACCACGUUGUGACCAACACGACGGCGGCCACCCACAGCACCAUCGUGAGCAGCGUUUCGCCCGUGAAACCUGGGUGCCACGAGCACGAUUGCCACAAGGACAAGACCCAGGACAAGAGCUCCUGGACCACGCACAACCCCCUCGCCAGGGCGUACUCCUCCGAGCAGCACGGCGCGGUGCCCAAGUUCAAGGCGGCCACCAGCAUGGGCGGCAGCCACAAGCCCGAGUACAACUCGCUGUGCACUAAGUGCAUGCCGGACGAGGACCGUAUCACCCGGGGUUUCAAGGGUCUGCUGAUCCAGACCCCGAUCUUCAAGUACGUGAAGGACCCCAAGCAGCCGGGCAAGGAGUCGCAGCCCACCUUCGACCGGUCGUUCCUCAUCCACGAGACCGCGCUGGUGGACGGGAAGAGCAUCACCGACGUGUACGACCUGCACAGCAGCCGCCUGGGAAAGGGCAGCUACGGGCAGGUGCUGAAGGCCUGCCACAAGGAGACCGGCGAGGUGAGGGCCGUCAAGGUCAUCCGCAAGGCCCACAUCGAGAACGCCAUGCGCAUGAAACGUGAGAUUACCAUCAUGAAAACGUUGGACCACCCGAACAUCGUGAAGCUGCUGGAGAUCUACGAGGACGAGGAGUGCCUGUACCUGGUGAUGGAGAUGUGCGGAGGCGGGGAGCUGUUCGACGAGAUCGUCAGGCGCGGGUGCUUCAGCGAGCAGUACGCCGCGACGAUGAUGCGCCAGAUUUUCUCGGCCAUCGCCUACUGCCACGGCAAGGGCAUCAUCCAUCGCGACCUCAAGCCCGAGAACAUCCUGUACUCCAACAUGAGCGACAACUCGCCCAUCAAGGUGAUCGACUGGGGCUUCGCCACGAAGUGCUGCAAGGCGCACAAGUUCACGAGCCUGGUCGGCACGCCGUACUACGUGGCCCCCGAGGUGCUCAUCGGCAACUACGACAAGAGCUGCGACGUGUGGAGCGCCGGGGUGAUCAUGUUCAUCAUGCUGGUGGGCUACCCGCCCUUCCACGGCAACGACAACGCCACGAUUUUGAACAACGUGAAGCGCGGCGUGAUAAACUUCGUGCCGCACCACUGGAAGAAGAUCUCGAGGGGCGCCAUCGACCUGAUAACGCGGUGCCUCUCGUACGACCCCCGCUACCGGCUGACUGCCAAGGCCGCCUUCAACCACGAGUGGAUCCUGAAAAACGCGACCAGCAUCCACGUGAACCCCGUGCUGCGGCACUCGCUGACCAGGGACCUGGUGAAGCGCUUCCAGAAGUUCGACAACUACAGCACGAUGAAGCAGCUGGCGCUCACGUGCAUCGCGCACCAACUGUCUGACGGCGACAUCGGCUCGCUGAACACCGUGUUCAACGUGCUGAACAACGCGGGCGACGGCGUGCUGUACGUGCGGGACAUCGUGAACGGCCUGCAGAGCGACAAGGUGAAGGGCCAGUACGACCCCGCGAUGCAGCGUCUGGUGGAGAAGCUGGACACGAACGGCAGCGGCGCGAUCGACUACGUGGAGUUUUUGGCGGCGUCCAUCGACGAGGAGGUGUACAUGCAGAAGGACUUCUGCAAGAAGGCGUUCAAGGUGUUCGACCUCGAGAACCGCGGCGUGAUCACGCGUGACAACAUGCGCCGCUUCUUCCAGGGCGACAUGAAGGGGUGCGACUUCUCCGAGGACUUCGUCGAUGAGAUCUUCAACGAGGUGGACCUGGACCGCGACGGCGUGAUCAACUACACCGACUUCUGUACGAUGCUGUACGGGCUUUCGCGCCCUGGGGAGGCUGCUACGCUAUGA